CUGGCAGCCGUGCUUCGCCAGUCUGCGUCGAGACACAGUGAGGAGAGGACGAGGCAGAGCGCGAGGAGUGGACAGGCAUUUUCAGUUAACAGUGAAAUGGGAGGCUGUUGCACUAGAUCGAAGACGCUGGAAACGGCAGUCCAAAGACCGCCCGUGGCAAUGCAGAUCCAAGGGAGCGUCGUCCUCAUCACAGGGGCGGCGCGAGGUCUGGGUCGCUGUUUCGCUGAGACGCUGCUCGGUCGCGGAGCCAAGGUGUGUCUGACUGACAUCGAUGCCGAAGCGGGCGCCGAAACCGUGACAGAACUUCAGGCACAACAUGGCGGUGACAAUGCUAUGUUCUUCAAGUGUGACGUCACGAAAGACGAGGACUUCAAUGGGGCGUGGGAUGCUGCCGUCGAGAAGUUCGGGCCCGUGACGCUGCUCGUCAACAACGCCGGCCUCGGCAACGAACAGAACUGGCAACUCACACUCAACGUCAAUAUUCAUGCAUACAGUAUGUAGCAAUGCUCACAAUUCAUGCUUCCAUAUUAUAUAUAUAUAUAUAUAUAUAUAUAUAUAUAUAUAUAUAUAUAUAUAUAUUAUAUAUAUAUUAUACAUUCAUAUACAACAUAUAUGUAUUUUUUAAAACUUGACUCUUAUGACAGCUCUUUUUAUACGAUCUUUUACUCUGUGAAUCAAUACUCUACACCCUAUCCUGUAAUUUCCGUUGAAUAUUUCCGACUAACUAAUAGUAUAAGUUCUAAUGAUAUGUUUUGCAAAAUCUAUGUCAGAAAUAUUUGGAUAUUAUCUCCAAUGUGCCAAGAAAUGCCAUAUGUCAAGAUGGCCAUACCUUACAGUGAGUUUUGACAGUGUGAAAUGUUGACAGCUAAAAAUAACCAUACCAUAGUAGUUAACAUAUGCAUAAGUCUGAGUGAGUGAGUGAAUGCGAAUCUAUGUGUGCCUGAUCAUGCUGCAGUCAACUUUAUUCAUCAUGUUCUAUUCAUCUAUGUUGUAUCUUGAAUCUUGACUUGUAUUUCAAUAAAUCAAUGUAAUUCUU